CGCUUGUUUAAUGAUCAAUUCCCUCAGCAGCUAGCGAGUUACUGAUUUGAUGAUGAUUUUUUCAAAGUUUUUACUGAGGAUGAAGAAAAACAGUGGGGAUGAUGGACGUUAAUUCCACUGCUGGAUCUUUUAGCUCCUUACAGCAAUUUAGCGUUGCAGAUCUUAUUGUCAUAGUGGCUUAUUUUUCCUUAAACAUUGCAGUGGGAAUAUGGUCUUCCUGCAGGGUGAACAGGAACACUGUCAGUGGCUAUUUCCUUGCUGGCAGAGACAUGGCGUGGUGGCCAAUUGGAGCCUCCCUUUUUGCCAGCAGUGAAGGAUCAGGGCUCUUCAUUGGACUGGCUGGGACUGGCGCUGCUGGGGGAAUCGCUGUCGCUGGCUUUGAGUGGAAUGCUACCUACGUUCUCCUGGCGCUGGCUUGGGUGUUCAUUCCAGUCUACAUCUCUUCCGGGAUUGUCACUAUGCCUGAGUAUCUCCAGAAAAGGUUUGGAGGUGAGAGAAUCCAGAUGUACCUCUCUGGCCUGUCACUCCUGCUCUCCAUCUUCACCAAGAUCUCUACCGAUCUGUACUCCGGGGCGCUGUUCGUGCAAGUCUGUCUGGGCUGGGACCUUUACCUGUCCACCGUCCUGAUGCUGGCGGUCACAGCGCUCUACACGAUUGCGGGGGGGCUGGCGGCCGUCAUCUACACCGACACGCUGCAGACGCUCAUCAUGGUUAUUGGAGCCAUCGCUUUGGCUAUAAAAGCUUUUGAUGAGAUUGGUGGUUACCCAAACCUGGAAGAGGCCUACUUAAAAGCUGUUCCAGCCAAGAUUGUUCCCAACACUACCUGCCACCUACCCAGAGCAGAUGCUAUGCACCUCUUCCGAGACCCAGUCUCUGGAGAUCUGCCCUGGACUGGGAUGACUUUCGGGCUGUCUGUCAUGGCCACGUGGUACUGGUGUACCGACCAGGUCAUUGUCCAGAGGUCUCUCUCUGCAAAGAGUCUGAACCAUGCAAAGGCUGGCUCCAUCCUGGCCAGCUACCUGAAAAUGCUGCCCUUGUUCAUCAUCAUCAUGCCAGGGAUGAUCAGCAGGAUCCUGUACCCAGAUGCUGUCGCCUGCGUCGACCCCGAGGAGUGCGUGCGCGUGUGCGGCGCUGCGGUGGGCUGCUCCAACAUCGCCUACCCCAAGCUGGUGGUCGAGCUGAUGCCCAGCGGACUGCGAGGUCUGAUGAUCGCGGUGAUGAUGGCAGCGCUCAUGUCGUCCCUCACCUCCAUAUUCAACAGCAGCAGCACCCUCUUCACCAUGGACAUCUGGAGGCGGCUGAGGCCGGGGGCCGGCGAGCGAGAGCUGCUCUUGGUGGGCAGGGCGGUGACGGUGGCGCUGGUGGCCCUCAGCGUGGUCUGGAUCCCCAUCCUGCAGAGCUCCGGCGGCGGCCAGCUCUACGUCUACAUCCAGGCCGUCACCAGCUGCCUGGCGCCUCCUGUCACCGCCGUCUUCGUCCUGGCCGUCUUCUGGCCCCGAGCCAACGAGCAGGGAGCUUUCUGGGGCCUCAUGGCCGGGCUGGCGCUGGGGCUGGCCAGGAUGGGGCUGGAGCUGGCGCACCCGGCGCCGCACUGCGGGGACCCCGACCGCCGGCCCUGGCCGCUGGCACGUCUCCACUACCUGCACUUCGCCCUGCUGCUGUGCGCGGCCACGGGCGCCGUGGCGGCGGGGGGCAGCCUGCUGAGCGCCCCGCCGCCGCGCACCCGGCUGCGGAACCUCACGUGGUGGACGCUGUCGCCGGAGCCGCCGCGGCGGGACGCGGCCGAGAGCCCCUUCUGGGCCAGGGUCUGCUGCGCCAACGCCCUGGCGCUGCUGGCCGUCAACGUCUUCUGCUGCGCCUACUUCGCCUAGGCUGCGCCCGGCAGGGCUUGGUCGGGAGCCGCGCGGGAGGAGCGCCGGCGCGGCCGGAGGCGCGGCGGGCACCAGCCCCGCGCGGGGCUUUGGUCCAAACGCGCUUUAUUAGCUCGGAAUUAAAAAAGA